UUGGAGGCCGCCAUUUGGGAUGGCAAAUUAGCACUGCAUUCAAUGGGACAAGUGGGACUUGGAAGCAGCAUGUUGUUACUGUGGUGCACUGGCUCAGUCACCCCAAAAGACAACCUGAAACCGCCCAGCCUAACACAGACAUGUGGUGUUUGUGCCCAGGCUAUGCAAGGUGUGGAUGGUGCUCAGCCCCGCUGUGCGAGGGCUGUGUUUGGUGUCAGAACGUCCCAGCAGGCGGGAGCAGAGAGGGCGGGAAACCUACAUACAGGUGCCUCAGCUGGAGGAGCAGCCUCCUCUUGCUUUUGCAAUCCUUGCCUGCUUGACAGGCCCGGACGGCAUUACAUCACUUCCUAAAAACAAUCAAACGGAGCCCAUCUCCCAAAGAAGCACAACUCGGAGGCACCGGGGGCAGGAAACAGGAAAUGUAAAUGCUCUGCCGAAGCCAGCAGAGAGCCGCGCAGGCCGAGGCAGCAUGCGGGCGCCCGGCUGGGUGCCUCUGCUCAGCACCCUGCUCCUGGUUCGGCACGGCUCAGCUCAAGAUGGCUCUGAAAAUGAUGAGGAUGGCUCUGGAUACGGAACAGCAGCACUACCCACUGCUACAGUGCCACCUCCUCCCUCUGCACCUCCCACGUCCCCUGCCUCUGUGAGCAGCCCCCAGCCAGUGCUGGUCACUGCAGGGUCCACUGAAGGCAGCCUGGAAAUAGAAAGUACACCCAGCCCUGAACUGAGUGACACGAGCAGUAACGGGAGCCUAGAGACGGAAGAGCCAUCUGUCCUAGUGUAUGCUGUGCCUGCAUUGGCGCUGGCCUUGCUGGUCUUGCUGGUCAUCAUUUUUAUAAUAUUCCGUAACAGGAAAAAGUCUAAACAAGAUGAGCUGGGGAGUGAAAAUGUGAAAAGCCCUAUUUUCGAAGAGGACACACCCUCUGUUAUGGAGAUAGAAAUGGAAGAGCUCGAUAAGUGGAUGAACAGCAUGAACAAAAAUGCUGACUGUGAAUGUUUACCUACUGUAAGAGAAGAAGAAAAGGAAUCAGUGGCCAAUCCAAGUGACGGUGAAUCAUGAAGCUACGGCAGCAGAGAACUCCUCAAAGGGAGCAGCACUCAAUCUAACAGAGCCCAGAUUGUGGACGAACUGGAUUCAAACACAAUUCACCACAAGAGACUGGAGAAGCAAAUGCUUUUGUUGUGUCCUUCUACUUACAAUCUUCAGAAGAGAAAUAUAAUCAAUUGGAAAAAUAAAGGAAGAGUGCUACAGUAAGGCUAAGGAGCUGACUUAAUUCCUAAUGCAGCAAGAUUCAGCACGAGUGAAGAGAAGCUUCCUUUCCCCCACCCCGAAGUUUCCAAAGGCUGUCCUUGCUCCCACCCAGUUCUCCAGUUCUGCAUAGUGCAGCCAGUAAAAACACAUACAUUCCAAGUUUAGCAGGCUGUUUUGUUUCUGGUUUGUUUUAUAUACAUACACGAACAGUACCCACCAUUCUGGAUUGCGCUGGUUUAAGUGGGUUUGAUUCAGGCCUUAUAUUCAUGCUUUGUUCAUCUUGCAAUUUGGUUUUUGGUAAUGGUGCACAACUUUGCACAAGACUUCUGCUAAUGCAGUAGAAGAGCGGGACUGACAGACAGCAGCUGGAAAGCCCUCCCACAGAAUCCACCAGGAAGCAGCCUGAAGCCCGGAAAGUUUUGGUCUUCAAAUUAAGGACACUGUAAACGUGCCUGACAGUUAACCGCAGAUGAGCACCACACUAAGUCUCACCACCCAGCCCUUCACCCCCUGCUGUGCAGCUCAUCAACAUCAGCCUGCUACAGACAUAGCUUGAAACACUUCUUUUCAUCAAAACAGGUGGGAAAAUUGAACAAUUCAUUGCUACACCAAACACAUUUGGUAGAUAAGAUUAUUAUUCCUAACCAAGGUCCAAGGUUUUCAGGUUCAAUAAGGUUUUAGCUUUGGAUUUUUGAAUAUUGAACUUAGAACACCUGAAAGACACUGGCCUCUUCACAUACCUGCUCCCCUUCCUUCGGUGACAUUGGAAAGUCAGGCUGCUGAGAUGCCUCAGGUUUGGAAGACAUUUACAGUAUCACACCCAUUGAUUUUAGGCAGCAUGUCUCUCAUGGAUGUGUUUUAAAUACACGACACAUCUGACUGGAUACUUGUCUAUGCAAAUCUUCCCCCUACUGCAUUUAAAACUUGCAUCUCACCAUACUUUAGAUCCUGUCCUGUCAUAUUCUACUUGUUAUCAUAUUGUAUUUAAAUAUUCUUCUCACUCAAAAGAUGUUUUACCAGUUUUAAUUCACCUGCAAAUAUUUCAGUACUAUGGUUUCAUAGCUACCUUGGUUUAAGAGAGCAAGUGAAGAAAACCACCAGGCACCUGGAAGAAGAGUUAAUGCUCACUAACAGCUGACAGAGAGGGGCUCAACUUUGUGAAUAAGAACUUGUCAGCGUGUUUACAGCUAACAACUUCCUUGGUUUUAUUCAUUACUGGAUACCAGUUAACUAGUAGUUUCCUCAGAGAGGAAAUAUUUCUUCAUUGUUCCAAAAUAAUUAAUUGCAAAGAGUGGAUCUUACAUGAGUGAUGCUAAAUCAGUAUUCCCUGCUUGGAUGAUUUUUAAUGUUGGAAAAAAACAAUGUUGUGAAAGAGGAAUGUGAAACGUUCCCUCAAACAUUUCCUCAAGUUCCUGACAAUACAAAUCACUCUCUGGAAUAUCUAAUUAAAAUAAUGCAAUCACAGGGGGAAAUUGGAAGAUUGAAAUAAAGAUGGUCAAAAAGUGGAAGGGGAUGUUUUCCCAGAAGCAGCUUUGCCAGCGACUUCUUUCAGAUAGAACAAAGAUGCUUCGCUGAGGCUUCCUGCUGUUUGUAACCAGAACAUGUCCAAAAGUGAGAAUGUUCUCUUUCAGGGCUUAUGGGAAAAAAAAGAAACAACACACAAAUAAAUGACAAAUGUUUUUUUUUGAGACCAUUGCUCUUUACCGGCUGCUGGUUCAUAGGCAGCACUGCUGCAGCAAUUAGCAACAGUGGCAAAUGGAGUCUAUUGUUAAUUGCUUUUUAAUUUUGGAUUUUCCAAACAGACUGUACCCCUUAAAAUGAUAUUGUAUGGCGUAACUCAGCCAUGACACGAUCCUUCAGACAGUCCUAGCGUGUUUACAACCAUGAAUCACACACUAGCUCUGCCUGUGACAGCACAUCAGGCUGUUUUGUUGUUGGCUUUAGACUAACACUAAUCCUCAGUGGUCUUUUGGUCAAAAUGAGGCACCAUUUGAAAUAUUUUUCUCAGAGAUUCAUUUUGUCUUAAAAGAUGCAAGUUCACUGAAGUCAGAAGUGCUCCCUCCAGCUAAACUCAUGUUAAUAAGCAUUAAUCCUUAUUAAGUUCAUCAUUAAGCAAUUUUUACAUAAAGCUUUAAAAAUCAAUUUUGCCCAGAACUAAUUUCAAGGUGAUAGCUCUGCAAUGAUCCAGGCUAUGCCACUUAUCCUUUCUAAAAACAGGCAUGCCAAAAUUUCUUCUCUUUUGGGACUUUCUAACCAUUUCAAAGUACACAAUAAGGGUCUGGACGCUUUCCCAGCCAAUUCUGGAUGCAGGUUAUCUGAAUCCGCUGCUUUUUCCCCCCCAGGAUAGACAUCUAAAAUCUGUAUAUAAAAAUUAUUCCUUACAUCCAAACAAAAAUCCCUCCUCUUAUAGUUUGAAACCAUUUCCCCUCAACCUAACACAACAGACUCCUCCAAAGAGUCUAUCCUCUUCUUCCUUAUAGCCCCCCCUUUAGAAACAGCAAAGAUGCUAUCAAGCCUCCCCAGUGGGAUAUUUCAGUAGAAGAGUACCACAGCAAUGAUCAGACAACUUAUUUCCAUCUCAUUUAAAAGACACCAUUAGCAAGAAGCAUCUUCAGUACAGGCACAGACUUUUUUAAAACCUGUACUCUAGGGCAGUGAUCACCUUUGUCUAGAAAGAAGGGGAAGAAGAGUUGGCUGCAGAGAGCUAAGUGUAUACCUGAAGUAAGGCACUAGCAAGGAGAAAGCUAAUAAGCAACCACUGCUUUGAGAGCAAAGUAUACCUCACCUCCACAUAGCUGCGCUGGUUUGCAGCAUGACACCCACACAGCUAGAGGCUGGGGAUCACAUAAGUAGCACAUGGUUACAGGACACUUGAAAUUAUCCACAUAGAGACCUGUAGGAGAAUGCAGAUAUUUCAGACUGAGUCAGCUACCAGAGAAGCUAGAAUUGCACACUGGGACACACAGAAAGCUAUGUACACCAAGAGGAUCUCACACAAGUGAGAUUUGCCUUCUCCCCCCCCACUCGCUCUUCAUUUUUGAAGAGAUUAGGUGUGAUGUAGCAUUUAAAUAUAAGGGAACAACAAAAAUCUAAGUGUGACUCCUGCUCAGAUAACUUCAGUGAAAAGAGAUUAAGAGGACAGCUUUCGUCUAGGUGCCGUUUGAUGAGAAGGAUGUUUUCUCAGGAGCAGUCACUUCUAAAUACAGAAGUUUCUGUGGUUUUCAGCUUCAGCAAAAACACAAAGGUGAAUGAAAAUGGAAGUCACCUAUUUUAGAAGGAUGUUUUGAAGUAAAAGUUCUUUUCUAUACAGAACAGAAGCAUCAGGUCCUGAGGACUCAGUGAACUUCCCCACAAAUCAAGUGGGAUUUUACUUAUUCUCACUUUAAUUCACAGGAUUAACUAAUAUUUAAUAUUUAAUAUUUACUUAAAAUGAAGGGAAGAAAACCUGCUAUGAAAAUACCCACCCAGAAAAAAAUAUAUAUCAACACUGAAAACUAAAACCAAGACUAGAUCUGGAGCCCACAUUUGGGAAGCAAUGCCCACAGUGAAGACGAAGACACUAAGGUGCUUUUCCAGGCUGCUCCCCCACCGCUAGGAAGGCAGCAUCGUCUCUGCUUUUAUUCUCUUCGCAAACAGAAAGGGAUGUGUACAUUUCUCUAACAGGCUGCAGAUGUUGAGCAUUUGCCUUAUGCUUUGCUGUGAAACCAAUUUGACAGGUUACACGUGUAUACCUGGGAUUCACUUUUUCUAAUCUAGCUUCCACUCUCUUUUACAACCUGAAAUAUGGAGCAAAUGGAUUAUGUUCUUCUGACGUCACUGGGAUUUGGAGAACAAGUCAUCAAAAGCAGCAUGAUUCUCCACAGUAGAAGCAGCAGUUCUGUUAAUUCUUUACUCAGUUCUGAAGGAUCUACCUUCACCUCUCACUUCUUUAAAUUUAUUAGCUUGCUUUCAUUGGUUUUCUGCACUCAAAUUAGCUGAGCUCUUUACUGAAACACUUUCUUUGACAGUAACUCCAAAUAGCAAACAAAUCCUUACCAUCUUAAAUUCAGUGGCAAAGGCAUAUGGGCAGUGCACAAGGUGCUAGCACUAACUUAUCAAUACCACACCUCUUAGUUUACCAUAAUUCCUAACUUCUACCAUUCAGUUGACUGUACAGUCAGAGUGUAGCUAUAAAGAGUAAUCACAGAACCACACAACUGUAGGGGUUGGAAGGGAUCUCUAGAGAGCAUCAAGUUCAACCUCCAAAUAAGCUUAUAUGCUUCCUGGACUAAAAUAAUAAAAACGCCUUUGUCCUGUU